UUGUAAUCGUUCAUUAGAGAAUCGCUAUUUAACCCGAUAUCAUUUCAAGGUGAAUUUGUGAAAGGAGUCCGUUGUUGGUCCUCAGUAAAAUCAACCGCGAAACACGAACGUUUUAAAUUCGAAUAUCUAUCAAGCAAGGAAGAGACAUUAGUAUAGUAACGAGUAAAGAUAAGAUUGGGAAUAUACAAAAGUCGAGUGAUUUGUAAAAGAAAAAGAAAGAGGAAAAAUGGCAACCAUAGUUCCCGAUGCAAAAGAUGUUAAAGCGAAUGCUUUGAAAGCUUUUGCUCAAGAAUUUGGUGCUGAGGCGACAAUUUGUGCUUGUGCGCCUGGUCGUGUGAAUUUAAUUGGCGAACAUACGGAUUACAAUGAAGGAUUUGUAUUGCCAAUGGCGUUACCUAUGGUCACAAUAAUAGCUGGAAGACCAAAUAAUAGGAAAGAAUGUAAGAUUAUUUCUCUUAAUGAAAAUAUUGGUUCAUUACGUCAAGUUGAAUUUGAUGUUAGUGUUAAAGAAAAUAUAAAAACAGGAGAACCCAAGUGGGCCAAUUAUAUAAAAGGAUGUAUUGCAUAUUUUCCAUAUGAUUUGUCAGGUUUUGAUGCCGUAAUAGUCUCAACGGUACCAGUUGGAGCAGGUUUAAGUAGUUCUGCUGCUCUAGAAGUAGCAACUUAUACAUUUCUUGAAAUAAUGAGCGGUCAUAAAUUGGAGAAACCUGAAGACAAGGCCUUGGCAUGCCAACGAAUAGAACAUGAUUUUGCUGGGGUACCAUGUGGCAUAAUGGAUCAAUUCAUUUCUGUGAUGGGAAAGGAAGGUUGCGCACUUCUUCUAGAUUGUAAAGAUCUUUCAACCAAGCAUAUACUUAUGAAACAUAUAAAUAAUUAUGUUUUCUUAAUUACAAACUCAAAUGCACCUCACAAACUAAGUAGUAGUGCUUAUUGCAAACGUAGAGAUUGUUGUUAUGAGGCUGUAAAGAAGCUUAACAUAAAGAGCUUAAGAGAAGCGACGCUAGAUAGUAUUGAAGUAUUAAAAUCACAGAAUGCUUCUGAGGAGAUGUUGAAAAGAAUUCAUCAUGUAGUCAGUGAAAUUCAAAGAACAAUUAAUGCUACAGUUGCUCUUGAAAAUGGUGAUUUCGUGCAGUUUGGUCGUUUAAUGAAUGAAAGCCAUGAAUCUUUACGAAAUGAUUAUGAAGUUUCUUCCAAAGAACUUGAUAUUUUGGUAGCUGCAGCUAGAGAAGUUAAUGGUGUGUUAGGAAGUCGUCUAACUGGGGCAGGUUUUGGCGGUUGCACUGUUACUUUAUUAGAAAAAGAAGCAAUUGAUAAUGUCAUUCAAAAUAUAAAAGCAAAGUAUACUGGAACUCCAUCCUUUUAUAUUGCAAUACCAGCUGAUGGAGCAAGAGAAAUGAAUAUAAAGUAUUAAAUAAAAAUGAAAUUCGGAAAAUAAGACAUGCAAUUAUAAACAAACAAGAAUCUUCAUAAAAUAAUGCAAUAAUAUCAAAUUAAAAGGAACAAAUAACCCAGUCUAAUCAGCCAAAAAAUUGACAAAUAGAAUAGAAGGAAAAUAUCCCGAAGUUUGAAAAUUUGGCACAGUUGUUCAUUCGAGUGUCUAUUACAACGUACUGAAAGUCCUCGACGGUGUCCCUGGAGAGGCAAGGUUUUUUUUUCCUUUUUUUUUUUUUAAAUAUUUCGGAAAAUAUUGAGUUUAGUUAAAAACUAAUACUAUACAAAAUUAAACUAGAGUAAAUUCUCUAGAAAAGAGGUCUUAUUCAUUCUUUUUUUUUUUUUUUUUUUUUUUUUUUUUGUGUAGUGUUAAUACUUUUUUGGAGAUAGAGAAGGAGAAAAAAUUCGAAAAAUUCAAAAAGGAAAUUUAUGUGGCUUUAUUUAUACAAUUCGAAUCGUAAGAUACACAUAUAUUACGUUAUACAUGGUGUUUAUGUAGAUUAUAUGCGAUGUACAUUGUGUAUCUAAAUAUCUUUUCAUCUAAUUGUGAUGUAAAAAAUAUUUUGUACAUAAUGUGCAAGAUGUCACACAAAGAACACCGGGAAGAAUAUUUUUCUCCUAAGAUCAUUUCAUUCUGAGUUAUCAUAGUUACCCGUAUUUUUUGUCACUUAACUAUAUUUUUUAUUGCAUUGUGUAGCUGAUUGUAAGAUAUAUUUGCAUUAGACAUAUACCAAAGAAUUUUUAAUAUAUACCAAUGAGUCAAAUAUAUAUUGUAAUAUUUAGUAAUACGGUGUAUAAUAAAAGAUAUUGCUACAAAUGUUUUACCAAUUUA